GGGUCCAGCCCCACCCCCCCAAACCCCUUCCUCAAAGUUUCAAAGCAAAUGAUCUUGGAUUUCUCCCAGUCGUUCGUUUCCUAUUAACGGCGGCGGACGACUAAAAAGAAGUGAGGGAGAGCAAGAACACCGAAGCCGGCAAUGGUGGCCGGACGCGUGAAGGCAGCGAUGGGGCUCCAGAAGAGCCCUGCGACACCGAAGCCCGAGACCCCGAGGCGCUCUUCCAGCUCCCCCGCGCCAUCGACGAACUCGAAGUCGACAGUCUUCUCCCGGUCGUUUGGGGUUUAUUUCCCUCGCUCCUCCGCCCAGGUCCAGCCGCGGCCGCCGCACGUGGCGGAGCUCCUCCGCCUCGUAGAGGAGCUCCAGGAGAGGGAGUCCCGCCUCCUAACCGAGCUCCUUGAACAAAAACUACUCAAAGAGACCGUCGCCGUCGUCCCCUUCCUCGAGAGCGAGAUCACCUCCAAGAACAACGAGCUCGGCCUCUGUAGGAAAACCAUCGAGAGAUUGGAGGCGGAGAACAGGGGGCUUAGGAUCGAGCUCGAGGUCUCGCAGUCCAAGAUCCGCGCGGAGGAAGAGGAGCGGCGGCGGAAGGAAAAGAGGGUUCAAGAAAUGGCAGCCGAGAUCGAGAACUUGAGGAGGGCGAUCGCGGAAGACGGGAGGAGGCUUGGCCGCGGAACAGAGGAGAUGGACGAGUGCUCGUCUUCUCUCUCCCAGAGGUUUCGGGGGCUGGUCGACGCCUCGUCGAGAUCGAGUCUCGUCAAAAAUGUUAGAAAACGCCCCAAAUCCGCCGACAUUGCUCCGAAUCCGGAGGUCAAGAAGCCAGGUUUCACUAAUGGGGAAAGUGAAAGGGCGCAACAAUCUCGCUGCCAUAAAGAAGUGAUUUCAAAACCUCAAACACCUAAAAUUCCGAAUCCUCCACCUUUGCCCUCUUUUUCUUCCAACUCUUCUUUCACUUAUACUACUUCUUCGUCUUCUUCCUCGGAGUCGACCGCCGGGUCUGGAAGUGGAGCUCUGAAUCUAACGGGACUGCCGCCAAUCCCGCCUCCGGUACCAGCGGGAGGUGUCGGUCCAGGCGGCGGAGCCCGGCCUGGUCCGCCUCCUCCACCACCGCCCCCGCCGCCGGCGAAAGGGGCGAGAUCGGCCAUGGCGGCGGCGUGCGUGAGGCGCGUGCCGGAGGUGGUGGAGUUCUACCAUUCGCUGAUGCGGAGGGACUCAAAGAGGGAUUCCGGCGUCGGCGGCGUCGGCGGUGGAGUACCGGAAACACCUAGCUCUGCGAACGCGCGGGACAUGAUCGGCGAAAUCGAGAACCGGUCCGCUCACCUCCUCGCGAUAAAGAUGGACGUAGAAACACAUGGCGAUUUCAUCCGGUACCUCAUUAAGCAAGUGGAGAACGCCGCUUUCACCAACAUUGAAGACGUGGUGGCCUUCGUCAAAUGGCUUGACGACGAGCUCUCCUGCCUGGUGGACGAGAGGGCGGUGCUAAAGCAUUUCGACUGGCCGGAGCACAAAGCUGAUGCUCUGCGAGAAGCCGCGUUCGGGUUCUGUGAUCUCAGAAAACUAGAAUCACAGGCAUUGACCUUCCGCGACGACACUCGCCAGCCAUGUGCUCCUGCUCUCAAAAAGAUGCAGGCCCUGUUUGAGAAACUGGAGCAUGGGAUGUAUACUUUGGCACGUAUGCGAGAGGGUGCAAUGAAGCGAUACAGAGGCUUUCAGAUCCCUUGGGAAUGGAUGCUGGAUAAUGGAAUUGUUAAUCAGAUGAAACUAUCAUCGGUAAAGCUAGCAAUGAAAUACAUGAAAAGAGUCUCUUCUGAGCUUGAGGCCAUAGGUGGUAGCUUUGAAGAAGAAGAGCUUAUACUUCAGGGUGUUAGAUUUGCCUUUAGAGUGCACCAGUUUGCAGGAGGUUUUGACAUUGAAACAAUGCGAGCAUUUCAGGAGCUCAAGGACAAAGCUUGUUCGUUCCAUAUCCAAAGCCACAACCAGAACCAGCAGCAACAGCAAAAGCUCUUUUGCAAGACUACGUCAUGUUAGAUUAACAAGUAAUCAUCUUGUAAAACAUUUUCCUUGACAUUGUGAAGUCUCGAUUAUUUUUUUCUUCAAAUGGACGUUUGCUCUCGAUGGAGAACGGUUA